AUGGAUGUCUACUCAUCUAGUAGGGGGGAUGAGUGUGAGCACUAUUUGGAUCUCGUGGCGGACGAAGAGGCCCGAAGCGAUGGCGGCAAACAGUCCUGCUUUGUGACGUCUGCGGAGCUGUUCGAGCGGCUGCAAGAUGAUUCAUCACUGAACGAGCCUGUCAUUGAGGUACAGGUGUACACCGAACCUCAAGCCUCAUGGGGCCCUUUGACUUUUUUGGCAGGCAACCAUUACUUUGUUGUCCUUGAGACGCGCAACUGGUGGUGGUCCCUUGAGCUGCGGGAGGGAGCGGUUGUAAUUCAACGAGCAAAGGCUUUUACGAAUGUACAGAGCCGAUGCCAGGGCCGGUACCGUCGAUAUCGGAUGCUGCAGAAUGGUCCCUCACUACUAGCCCGCUGUUCGAGUAGGCAGCUACGCAUUCGUGAUAUUAUUUUUUCGAUGUCCCACCAGGGUUUCUUCGACUGCAGUCUCGCCUUCGGUGAUAGGCCCUCACCAGAUCUCGUCGACUUUGUCUGGGUGCUGUGUAAAGUGCAACAGUUAAGCGCGGCCAGCCACGUGCACGGUCGUAGCAGUUUUUCUUCAGAUGCCAAAAGUGCUCCGUUUUGA